UAAUUGUCAAAUAACUGAGAUACGAAGACGAACAAUUGUGGUGGGCCAAAGCUAUUGGAUUGACUGUGGGUUGUUACUAUAAGAGGUUCUUUUCAGUCUUUCUACAUGUGACAAGUUUGGAUGGUAAAGUUGAAGAUGGAAAGUGUUCGGAGUUCGUCAACCCACUGGAAAUUGUGGUUACCUUCUGUCUGGUUUUGGGGAAAUAUUCUUUAUCUAGCGUCUUUAACCCUGGUUACACUUGUCUCCAUUCAUCACGGUGAAGUAGGACCUAAGAAAAUUAACAAAAUUUUAAAGAGAUGGAUAACUGUGGCAGCGUUAUUACUGUUAAGGGAACUGUUGGAGCCAAUAAUGGCACAACUUCAACAAACUUGGUUAUUGCUUACUGGGUUGGGAACGCUGUGCUUUUUAGAGAAUUUAAAGCAACUGAACUCGACAAUAUUUGAAUAUGUUAUCAACCCUAUUUUGAAUAACAGAGAACAGAAGAUUGACCUAUUUCUACACCGCCUUUCCUUUCAUUACUUGGAGUGGAAAACUGCCUUUCUUCAACUAGUUGCCUAUUGUUCAAGUGAAUUACUACGAAGAACAGCUCAUUAUUUGGUGGCAGAUACAGAACUUUCUCGGAAAUUGAGUUCUAUGGAGACUGGUGGAGAUCAUAGCCCAUCUCCUCACCGUGGAAUAUACGAGAAACCAGAAAGGAAGUUCCUUCCAAGGUCUUAUACAGACCCCCAUUUUUCUUCGUUCUCAAAAAGGGAGGAAAAUGUAGUUAUGGACAAUAUGAACGAUACACAUCGUUUCGAUACAAACAACUCUAUGAGCCAACCUUGCAAGUCACUUAGGAAUAGACAAAAGCCGUAUGAGAGAAUUCACGAAUUGAGGAUGCUUUUUAGACAGCAAAAGAGUCGUAGGAGUUCCACAGUUUCUGAGAAAGGUUUUGGUUGAGAAGGAUUUUUGGUUCAAUGACGAAUUUCUAGAGUGCCUCUUUCUACGAAAUUGAACAAGUCCAUAUUUGGAAAACGUAGAUAGCUUUGUGUAUGAAUAGUAGUUUACGAUACUUUUUUUUUCUGUUGGACGUGUGCAGUUCAAUUAUUACUUUUACUAAAAGAUGUGUGAUUUGUCAUCUACAU